AUGCCGAGGCCGCCGUUCCUGCGCCGCGCCCUCGACCCCGCCGCCCGAUGCCGCACCACUGUCGUCGCCGUCACCGCCUCGCCGGAGCGCUUCCUCACCGGUCUGCCCCCCCUACGCACGUCGUCGCCGUUGUCCUCCUCGAGCCUGCUGCCACUCCCCUACACCGUCCGUGAGCACCUCCCUCUCUCCCCGUCCGCGUCGCCCGUUCCGGCCACCGCCCCGUCCCGCGCCCGCACGUGUUGCUCCUCCCCGAUCGCCCUGUGUCGGGCCGAGGAGCCUCCGCCCCUCUCGCCGCGGCCUCGCGUGCCCGUCGUCCGCCUCCGGCCGCCCUGCUGCAUGUCGGCAACCGCGGCCCUCCCCAUGCUCCGCCCGGUCGCAGCCGCCGGAGCUCAACGCCGGAGCGCUGGCGCCCGCGCCCCCCAGCCGCCCCUUGUUGCCCAGUCGGGUGCGCCCCCGCGGGCUAGUGCCUAUUCGGGCUGUGCCCGUUAG